AUGGAAUCUUCACGCCAAUACCAGAUCCCCAACACGCCGCGUGUGAUCUCGCCGUCACCAACGCCCUCGGAGGCGGGUAGCACGAAAGAUGGUUAUUUUGGACCCGUGACGCGCUCUUCGACGCGCAAACAACGGGUUACGUCACCUCCACCUAUCGAUGAGGACUCGGGAUCAGACCCCGACAGCAGGGCUCGAGCAAGGAGUCGGAAUGCCAGAAGCCGGAGUCCUGUCCUAGAGGGAGGCGUAGGACGGCGGAGGAUGAGCGGCCUGACAAGUCGCAGGCAGAUGAAUGGAGGCAUGAAGAAGGAUCUCGCGCUGCCGGGCAACACUUCAAACGGCCACCUGUCACCCGCGCAAGCGAACAAGAAUUACUGGAGGGAGAUGAGCAGGAGUCCGAGUCCUCUAGGCUUGAUUCCCAUCCACCAGAAAUGGCGUUCAUUCAUUCACCGGCAUGAGAUUCCUCGCAAGAUCCUCCACGUCUCCAUCGGCUUCCUGACCAUCUUCCUCUACUGCACCGGCACGCAAACGUCGCAGAUACACAAUGUCCUCCUUACCAUGCUGAUACCCAUCGCCCUCACCGACGUCAUCCGACACCGCUACUGGCAAGUGAAUCGCUUCUACAUCCGGUGUCUCGGUGCCUUCAUGCGCGAGUCAGAGGUCGAUGGAUACAACGGUGUCAUCUCCUACCUUCUGGGCGCAUGGAUAGUCAUGCGCUUUUGCCCAAAGGACAUAGCAGUCAUGAGCAUCCUACUACUAAGUUGGUGCGAUACCGCUGCUUCGACUUUCGGCAGGCUCUGGGGCCACCUCACGCCCAGAGUCAGGAAAGGCAAGAGUCUUGCGGGUUCCAUCGCGGCGUGCGUAACGGGUGUCAUCACGGCGGCUGUAUGGUGGGGCUGGCUAGGUCCUCUCUACUCAGAGUACAACCAUGGCGAAUACGCUUUUGCAUUCCAAGGCGCCCUGACGCUGCCUCCACAGAUGCGGGAAACCUUUGCUCUCUCUGUGAAGCAAGCUUCCCUUACCGGAUACUGGGCUUUGGGCGCCAUGUCUCUGGCGUCUGGUAUCAUCGCCAGUGCCAGUGAAGCGAUCGACGUUUUUGGCUGGGACGACAAUCUCACCAUCCCCGUGCUUUGCGGAGCCGGGCUAUGGGGCUUUCUCCGGAUCUUCGGCUGA